AAUAUUUAUAAUUCAGUAGACAAACGACUGGCAUUGUGCGUACAGCUAUGAAGAAAUUUCUUUUGUUAUUUUAUGUUGUGAUUUUGGUAAAUGGGGUGAGAGAAAAUAAAUCGGGGGAAGGGAGGAUUGUGGACACGCCUCAAGGUCCCAUCCGUGGAUACAAGGAUGUUGAUACAAACUUGUUCAUCUUUUAUGGUGUACCGUACGCUACGUCGCCUAAAGGAGAGCAUAAAUUCAGGGCACCACUCCCGCCACCGCAGUGGCAAGAUACUUUCGAUGCCAUCGACAAUAAAAUAGUAUGUCCUCAAAGUCCUCUGCUUGUAAGAGAUAUGGACAUUGAUGAAAACUGCCUUAUUGCAAAUAUUUUUUUACCAGAUACAAAGAAAACGAAGUUACCAGUCUUGGUUUAUGUUCAUGGCGGUGCCUUCCAGCUUGGAAGCGGACUCCGUUUAACGCCAAAAGCUUUAGUAAAUAACAGUGAUGUAAUAGCAGUAACGUUCAAUUACCGCUUGGGAAUUCACGGGUUUCUCUGCUUGGGCACAGAAAAUAGUCCCGGGAAUGCUGGACUGAAAGACCAGCUGGCAUUGUUACGAUGGGUGCAAAAUAAUAUUGCAAGUUAUGGAGGUAACCCUGAUGAUGUAACUAUAGCGGGAUAUAGUGCAGGUUCUAUGUCUGCUGAACUGCUUAUAUUGUCGCCAGCAGCCAAAGGUUUAUUUCAUAAAGCCAUUCUAGAGAGUGGAAGUAGCUGGGUGGCUGCUGUGCAAAUUGACCCACUUGAGACGGCGAAAGCCCACGCCAAAUCAAUGAAUUUUGAUGAAAUCGACGAUGUUUAUAGGUUAGAGAAAUUUUACACGAGUUCUUCGUAUGACCAACUUACAUCACGUACUUAUUUAAGCGAAACAGAUGCUACUUUCGGAUUCGUUCCCUGUAUAGAGCGUGAAGGGAGAGAUGAUGCCUUUUUAACCGACACACCGUUUAAUAUUCUGAUAAGCAAAAAGUUUACUAAAGUUCCUAUUUUGUAUGGAAUUACUAAUAUGGAAGGCUUAUUGAAAGUAAAUUAUUUUAGUUUGGAAAAAGGUGAUUUUGAACUUGUAAAAGACAGGAUGAAUGAAAAAUUUUCCGACUUUUUACCGGCAGAUUUGGAAUUCAAUAGCGAAGAACAAAAAGAAAAAGUGGCAAAGAGAAUAAAGGAAUUUUAUUUUAGGGACAAAGAUAUAGGCGAGGACACCUUAAAUGGAUACAUCGAUUAUUACACAGAUAUUCUGUUUGCUUACCCUACUUUGAAAGCAGUUGAGCUCCAAGUUGCUGCUGGAAAUGACAACAUUUAUUUGUACGAAUUUUCUUUUGUGGAAUCUGAUGGCACACCAACAGGUUACAAAAAUUUUACUGUUGAAGGUGCGAAUCAUGUUGCUCAAUCGCGAGCUGUUCUUGAUGGAGUUUAUAAUAAUCCUUUUGACGAAAAUCUGAUUCGGAUUCGAAAGGUUUUGAGGGAGCUGUGGUAUAACUUCAUAUCGAAAGGCCAACCUGUACCUAAAAGUUCAUCGCUUCCCUCGUGGCCACCUGUGACCGAGCAAUGGUCACCUCAUAUGUCCAUUGGUAACCAUAUGGAACUAAAAGCCUCUCUGCUGAUGGAGCGUGGGAGAUUCUGGGACAGUAUCUACGAGCAACAUUACCGUCAACCUAAACCACCACCGCCACUGCCCAAGAGACGAACCGAGUUCUAAGUUUGUUAAAAGAAAUAGCCGAAUUUAUAAAAUUUUGCGGUUCUCCCUUA